AUGGUGGCACUCACUGCAGCGCAGCGGGAGGAGCGUGCUCGAGUGAAGAGAGCUCUUAAGAGAAAGGAUGCCCGAAAAAGAAGAAGAGAGAUUGAUAAUUGGGCUGGGGAUAGGACCAAUGAGUUCACUGAGAUGGGGAGUGAUGUACCGCAUCUUGACGGCUCGUACACUCAGGAAAAAGCUGUCGAGGACAAAAAUAGGGAGAAAGACAAGAUGACUCCAUCUGAUACAAUUGAUGAGGACCAGGUUGAUAUUGAGUAUACUGUACAUACUCUACCUGAGGAGUUCAAGGCGGCGUACGAGAAGUUGCAGCCCACUGUGGGCGAAGACGAGGAAGAGGAGUCUAAUGAAGAGGAGCAAAAAGACGGGGGUUUGACCGCCUUGCAGAAAUUCCAAGAGGAGGGUCGACGGAUGGACAGCUUGGGCUACGGUCAUGUCGAUAAGAAUGGUCAGCCGCACUGGACCAGCAAGCAGAUCCGCGAUGCCUCCAGGAUCCCUUUGGUUAAGCUCAAGGAAUUAGUCACUAGACCAGAUGUGGUUGAGUCGUGGGAUAACUCGGGUAGCGACCCGUUCUUUUUGGUACAUAUCAAGAGCACUCGCAACACUGUACCGGUGCCCAGGCAUUGGAACAGCAAGCGACGCUACAUGGCGUGCAAGAGGGGAAGCGAGAAGCCACGAUAUAAAUUGCCGCCUUACAUCGAACAAACUGGUAUUGCUAAGAUCCGACAAUCUAUUCUGGAGGCCGAAGAAGAGAAGACGCUAAAAUCGAAGUCACGAGAAAAGAUUCGUCCCAAAGUCGGCAAGUUGGACAUUGAUUACAACGUGUUGCACGAUGCUUUCUUCAAAUAUGCCACGCCUUGCCCUUAUCUCACCAAGCACGGGGAUAUGUAUUACGAAGGACGUGAGUAUGAAUCUCGGAUGAUCAAUAAGAAACCUGGCAAGGUAUCGGAGCCUUUGAGGGAGGCACUCGGGAUGGAGGAGGGUGGUCCGCCGCCAUGGCUAUUCAAUAUGCAGCGUUAUGGACCACCACCGAGUUAUCCAGGUCUCAGAGUCCCUGGUUUGAAUGCUCCUAUACCCGCUGGGGGAGACUGGGGCUAUCAUCCAGGAGGUUGGGGACGUCCGCCUGUUGAUGAAUACGGCAAUCCACUAUACGGUAACUGGAAUAUUGAAACGGAUAGGAUCAAAGGAGACACAGAAGUGGAUCCUGGUCAUGAUGAAAAGGAUUAUCUUUGGGGCGAGUUCCUGUCUGAAGCAUCCGAUGCUGGCUCUGACGAAUCUGAGGACGAGGAGGUUAUGGAUGUGGACGAGGAGGAAAGCGGCAGGCCUACCAGGAAAGAAGGAGGCGGUACUCAGACGCCGAUUCUCCGUGGUGGUUUGGAGACGCCCCUCGGAACGCAGACGCCGUUGGUCAAUCUGGACACCUCUGGUGUCACGUCCGUCGGUGGUAUCACCUCUAUCACUUCUGGUAUCGGCACCCCCGGCCAAGUGGAUAUCCGUGGAGGGAUCCAGUCCGUGGCGAGCGCUACUGCUACUCCUACCCAUCAGCUUUAUAAGGUCCUUCCCCAGAAGAAUAUUCCUACCCAAGCCUCAGCGCUGUUCCCAAGCUCGCAUGUGUACAACGUCGCCGCAGCCACGACUCCACUGGGUGGUACCGCUACACCAGGUGGUGGCACAACCAUGGCUAUCAAUCCGAGCGAGAUGGAAGCGGACGAUCAAACUCUGUCCGCGGACUUCAUUAGGAAGCAAUUGAUGUCUUACGAGGACAGAGAGAAAGCAGCAAUGGCAGCAGCUGGCUACAAGACUACAGAAGGAUCCUCAUCGAUGGCGCCUACUCCGACUCUGUCUACGCCGCAGACUGCGCCCGGGCAGGCUGAGAAGAGGCAGAGGAAAAAGCAUAAGAAGAUUAAGUUCUAAGAACGGGGAAAGGUCGGCU